AUGCCCUUCCCCCACAAGACAGUCCUCAUCACCGGCGCAACAGCCGGCAUAGGCCGGGCGCUAGCGGAGCGCAUGAUAGAGAACGGCGUCUUCGUCAUCGCCGUGGGCCGGCGCAAGGACCGGCUGCAGGAGCUCGAGGCCAAGCACGGCAAGGACAAGGUCGUGGCGGAGGAGUUCGACAUGACCAAGACCGCCGAGAUCCCGGCCUGGGCUCAACGCAUCACCAGGCAGUACCCGGCCCUCUCCUGCAUAAUCCUCAACGCCGGCAUCCAGCGCACGCUGGACUUCACCAACCCGUCGUAUGAGGAGCUGUCGUCUAAGAUCACCAGCGAGAUCGACACCAACUACACCUCCCCGCUGCUGACCAUAACCGCCUUCCUGCCGCACCUCAUCUCGCUGGGCACAUCUUCCCCCUCCUCCUCCUCCUCACCCCCGGCCGCCGCCUCCGUGAUCCUGGUCACCAGCGGCCUGGCCCUCGUCCCGAUCGCCCGCUGCGCAAACUACUGCUCCACAAAGUCCGCCCUGCACCACUUCGGCCUGUCGCUCCGGUCGCAGAUGCAGUCCAGCCCGGCCACCCGGCACGUCCGCGUCAUCGUGGGUUUUCUUUUCUUUCCCCUCCUCCCCCCCUCUCACCUGGCGGAUCAGCUGACGCUGAGGAUCUUGUUCAAGGAUAUUCUCCCUCCCGCCGUGCAGACUGAGCUACACGAGCUCCAGCCUGAGCUGGUGGCGGCAGGCCAGGCCCAGAUAGGAAUGCCCCUAAAGGCCUUCAUCGACGAGACCUGGGCUGCCCUCGACCGGUGGGACGAGAACGAGAAUGAGAUCAUGGUGAACGAGGUGAAGCAGAGGUUUGGGCAUAUCGAUGAUGAGAAGAAAGCGGCCUUCAAGCGCCUGGAGGCCUUGAUGAAGGGCAUGAAAGGUUGA